AUGGCACCCUACGAUGGGACUACUGACCCAGGUAGCCACAUAAGUACUUUCAACAUAGUAAUGCGAGUCAGUAAUGUCGGAUACAAACUCAUAUGUAGGCUCUUCUCGACUACACUCACUGAACCAGCAAAAACCCGGUUUGACAAAUUCUGGAAACACUUGAUCUCAUCGUGGGAACAACUGUCCCGGGAAUUCAAAAAGCAAUUCCAGGUUGUGAAGAGUAUCAAACCCGAGGCAUCAGCCUUGACUAAUGUUAGGCAGCAGCCACAUGAGUCGUUGAAAAAUUACCUGGCGAGAUUUAACAUAGAAGUAGCACGAGCUCGAAAUGUCGAUGACAACGAUCAUAUCAUGGUAGUACGAGAUGGAGUAUUGCCAGGGAUUCCCCUUUGGGACGACAUGCAAAGAAAACCCAUGAGGUCAAUAGCCAAGUUCAAUACUCGGGCCCAGAGGUUUGUCAAUGUAGAAGAGGCAAGGUUGGCACUCAAACUGACUUCUCAGCCCGUAAUAACUACAACAACAAACGUUAACUCAACCACCACCUCGGCUACACCCUCCACGUCACAACCCUCAGAAGACAACCCUUCCAAGAGAAAGAAGAAUGAAAGGAAUAACUCAAAGAUUGACAUGGGAAAGGAGAAAAAAAGAGAAAAAUACUUCUCCAUUUACAUAGUUUAUACCAAACUCGCAUAUACUCAGGAAAACAUAUUUGUCACCAAUGAAAACCAGGUCCCUUUCAAACGACCUGAUCCAAUGCGAAACCAAAAAUCCAAGAGGGAUGCCAACAAGUUAUGCAGAUUUCACAAGGAUAUAGGUCAUACCACUGAUGAAUGCAGACAGUUGAAGGACGAGAUCGAAUGUUUGAUCUCAAGAGGAUACUUCAUGCAAUACGUCCGAAACAGAAACAUGGCCCAAGCUUCACUUGAACGGAAGGUAGCUCCUACAUAG